AUGGCUACACCACAGUCCACGACGUCGUACCAAGGCGAGGCCGCCGGCGAGGGCAAGCAACUCGAGCAAAUCACGUUUCGCUUCUGCUCCGAGUGCUCCAAUAUGCUGUACCCCAAGGAGGACGAGGAGGCGCACAAGCUGCAAUUUACCUGCCGCACCUGCCAGUACACCGAGGAGGCGCGCUCUACGUGCGUCUUCCGCAACAUUCUCAACAACUCGGCCGGCGAGACGGCCGGCGUCACCCAAGACGUCGGCGCAGACCCCACGGUUAGUGACUACAACCUCCAACUCUGUCUUCACUGCGGCGUGGCCAUCUGCUGCAGCAGAUGCGGCGCCGCGAGCCCCGACGUAAACGAGGUGGUGAAGCGCGCACGCGCUGCCAGCGAUGGGGACGCGGAUUACAUGGAGGUGUUUGCUACGAAUUUGGCCUGGACCGAGGCGGAUCUUUUUGAUGAGUUUGGAGACGAGACCACCAUCGAUUUUACGCAUGGCUUCUGGGCCGACAACAAUGUCGAUCUGGGGCAUGGUUCCCCUGCGGAAGGCACGGACUCGGCAUCCGCAGGGAGCGAAUUCUCCUCUGAGACGACAACCGGCUGA